AUGAAUAAUUUAGAUUAAUCAAUUUAAUCGGAAUUCGAUCAGUUCAAAGCACAAUGUUAAUAAUAGGAGAUGGUCAUCAAUAAUCCUGAAUCAAAAUCCUUUUAAGAUAAAUCUUAGUAGUAAUAGCAGAAUUCAUCAAUACAAUAUUAAUCUGAUUAACAAUUAUAAUCAUAUUAAUAGAGCGUCAUCCAAUUUUAGGAUUAACCUUAAGUAGAAAUAUUUGAGACUUCUUUAAAUGAGACAGAACAAUAUCUAAAUAUCAGUUUUCAGGAUAUCAUUCAACUUCUAUUUAAUAAUUAAUGCCCUUAGUUGAUUAACGAACUUAAAAGAGUGAUUUAAAGAAGUUGCAUAGUCUUAAAUGUGUUUACUAUUCUAAAUUUAAUCUUCUUAAUCAAUGAAGUUGUAGCUUUGUAUUUUUCAUUAAUUACAAAGGAUGAAAUAAAAGAGUUAUUUGGAGUUUAUUUUGGAUUCAAUCUAAUAUCAGAUUGUCUGAUGAUAUAUAUUAAUUGCUAAUUAAGGUAUACAAUAAAUGAAGCCGAACAAAUAAAUAAUGGUGACAUUACUCAUCCAAUUAUUGAAUACUUAAAAUACACUAUAUCAUAAAACAGUCCAUUCUCAAACAUCAUGGGAGAUGAUGAAUAGGAUCUUUCAGCAUACUAAGUAGCAUCAAGAAUAUCUGGGUCAAUUACAACGACAAAAUGGAUUUCUUAUUUACUUGAAAGUUAAAAUUCUUAAAUAUUUGUACUGACUAGAGUAUGUGUAUUGGUAAAGAUUAUUUUAUUUGCUUGGGGAAACAUAACAAUAUUGCAAUGGGGAUUUCUAAGUUGGGAUAAUUAGAUGAAUAGCAGGGACUAUUACCAAUCUAUACUUAUAGUCUUGACUUUAUUUUCAAUGUUGAUGGGCUACAUAAUUUUAAUUUUAAUCAUCAGUGUAUUGUUAAUAAUAAGUGCCAUAAUUCCAAUAUUAAUGUGGAUAGCUAUUUGCUAAUCAUGCUGUUGGUGCACUGAUCUUUAUGAUGAAUACAAACAACAUAGAAUAGAAUAAUAAAGGCAAGGGUUUUUAUCAAAUUUAGGUUCAUAAAAAUUCUAAGAUUUAAAGGAGUAGGAUACAAAUAUGCAUGAAGAGUGUUCCAUCUGUUUAUAGGCCUACCAAAUUGAUGAUAAAUGCAUCAAAUUACCUUGUAAUGUUGAUGGUGGAACUAAGAAAAUCAAUCACAUUUUUCAUGAUGAAUGUAUAAGAAUUUGGAUACAAGAACAGGGUUCUUGUCCGAUUUGCAGAACUAUAUUUAUAGAAAGACUUUAAAAUUGA